AUGUUGAAUUUGGCGUUGGCAUCCCGCUCGGUGUUGCUAGUGAUUCUGGUUCUUGUGUCCUCCGUCACCACCGACGACGAACGGUGUUCCGGCGUACCUAAUUUGAGCUACAUUCCCAGCCAGAAUGCGUGCUAUCUGUACUACAACUGUAUCGACGGAAAUGUCUACCCGCUGGUGUGUCCCGACGAUGACUGGUUCUCGAUGGACCAGCAACGUUGCGUGCCUCAAGACGAAUCGGACUGUGCUCUAACGGAUCCACCGGUUCUACCGGAACUGCCUCCGCGAGAACCCUCGGCAAUCUGCGAAGCGGUGCCAAACUUCCACUACGUAGCUAGCGAGGCUUCCUGUCAGUGGUAUUACCAGUGCAUUGACCAGUUUGCGUACCUGCUUUCCUGUCCCCGGUACCUAUGGUUCGAUGAAGAGCUUCAACGUUGCGGAUCUCGUUACGACGUACGGUGCGAAGGCGACUCGCCGUCAACAACAAGUGAAUUUUCCACCUCAGCGCCAUCAACAACAAGUGAAUUGUCCACCCCGGUGUCGUCAACCACAAGCGAACUUACCACCUCAGGACCGCCACAAGCGAACUUACCACCUCAGGACCGUCAACUACAACCGAUUUGCCCACCCCGGCUACGGUGGAUCCUCUAG